AUGUCGGAUGCGACAUUGGAGCCUAGUGCCUUUUUCAGCUACAACGCUUGCAUUAGUGCGUGUGACAAGGGCGAGCAGUGGCAGCGGGCUCUGGCGCUGCUGAGCGAGAUGUGGGAGGCGAGGCUGAAGCCUAACGUCAUCAGCUACAACGCUGGGGUCAGCGCCUGCGAUAAGGGCGAGCAGUGGCAGCAGGCUCUGGCGCUGCUGAGCGAUAUGCGGGAGGCGAAGCUGAAGCCCGACGGCAUCAGCUAUAUCGCAGGGAUCUGCUCGUGUGAGAGAUGCGGCCUGUGGCGGCAGGCGUUGGCGCUGCUUGGCGAGAUGCGGGAGAUUAAUUUGGAAUCGAACUCGCUCAGUCACAACUUGGGCAUCACAGCGUAUGAGAGGUCGUCUCGCAACUCGGCAGGCUUCCCAGACUAUCGUGGGAUUGGUCUGUCGCGUUUUCGAGUAUCUCGCGAAGCGCUUUGCGAGUGGGGCCCAGCUGGGCAACCAUUGUGA